CUAUAUCUGGUCUCCCACAGACCCUGCAUUCACUACAUCUGGUCUCCCACAGUACACAGAACAUGGAAGUGCAAUUAUUUUAGUAAAUAUAAACUGCUAAACACCAUUUCAAAUCAGCAGUUGGAGCAGUCUUGUUACUUCUAUAAGUGUUCAGCACAGCACUGGUUAAAGCUUGUAGGAGGAGUUUUCUUUCUGCUCUAGGAGGAUGUAGUACACGUGACCUCUGUCUGAAGAGUGCUGAUUGGCCCUCUGCUGAUCACAUGCACUCUCCCAAGAAAAAAAAAACUCUCUAGCAAUACACACCAAACUGAACAU